AUGAGCAUAGCUAUAUGUGAUGGAAAAAGUUCAAAUAAAAUUAUUGGAGGUACAACAGUAGAUAUUGAAAAUUAUCCAUAUAUUGUUUCAAUAAAAUGGUCAAAUUGGCAUGUUUGCAGUGGCAAUUUAAUAACAUCAUUACAUGUUUUAACAGCAGGAAGUUGUCUUAUAUUUGAUAAUGGUCGUACUGUUAUGUCAAAUUUAGUAAUAACAGCUGGUACAAAUGACAAACUCGACAGAUUUCAACUUGGACAAGUACGAAAUGUUGAGUAUAUAAUUUACCAUGAAGAAUACACUCCUCAACAAUUAUGGAAAAAUGAUUUAGCAAUAUUAAAAUUGGAGAUGUCAUUUAAUGUAAAUUCUGUUUUCACAAGAAUAAUUGGUAUUCGAACGAGUAUAUUAAAUUUAGUGUUACAUUUUAAAACAGCUGGUUGGGUUUGUCGUAACAUGUUUAAAAGUGAUAUUCAUUUAUAUCAAGGAUGUUCAAAAGUUGUAUAUCCAAAUCAAAAAAUAACACCGGGCGAUGGUGGUAAUCCUUUGGUUAUUAAUAAUCAACUUGUUGGACAUAUUUCUGCAACUAUUGGCUCUGGUAGUACAAUUAUUUUUACUCAACUUUGGGGCUAUAGUAAUUGGAUUCAAUUUGUUAUUUUUACAUUUUGA